AAGCAAAAAAGAGCAGAGAUAAAACCAAAUACUUGGCUGAGAACAUUUCUUCAGUUUGACAACUCUUGAAGCACAGAAAACAAAAGCCUUCUUCUUGUCAAAUAAAACAGAGAAGAUAAUAGCAGGGCAAUGGUUUCACUAUGCUUGAAUUCAUUGCCACUGCCACCUUCUUCACACCCCAAAAGGCUUACUGAAACUUCUUUGUCGUCCUCUUCUUUCAGUAACGGUAGUGUAGGAACAGCCCUGAAGCCCAUUGUUGUCAGUGGAAAUCCUCCCACUUUUGUUUCUGCUCCUGGUCGCCGUAUAGUUGCAGUUGGAGAUCUACAUGGAGACCUUGACCAAGCUAGAAGUGCACUGGAGAUGGCUGGCGUCUUGAGUUCUGAUGGUGAAGACUUAUGGACGGGAGGAGAUGCGGUAUUGGUUCAGCUUGGAGAUGUACUUGAUCGAGGUGAUGAUGAAAUAGCCAUCUUAUCCUUGUUGCGAUCAUUAGAUAUACAAGCGAAGGCUAAUGGUGGAGCUGUUUUCCAGGUCAAUGGAAAUCAUGAGACUAUGAAUGUGGAAGGGGAUUUUAGAUAUGUAGAAUCUGGGGCUUUUGAUGAGUGUGCUGAUUUCCUUGAAUACUUGAAUGACUAUCAAUAUGACUGGGAGGGAGCAUUAGCCGGUUGGUGUAGCAUGUCUAGAAGGUGGACAGAUGAACAGAAAAUGUCUAGAAACAAUUGGGGGCCAUGGAAUCUGGUAAAGAGACAAAAGGGUGUGAUUUCCAGAUCAGUUCUGUUUAGACCAGGUGGUCCACUUGCGUGUGAGUUGGCACGACAUGCUGUAGUUCUUAAGGUUAAUGACUGGAUCUUCUGUCACGGUGGCCUCCUUCCUCACCAUGUUUCAUAUGGCAUAGAGAGGAUGAACAUGGAAGUAUCUAAGUGGAUGAGAGGUCUGAUUGACAAGGAUAGCAGUCCUCACAUGCCCUUCAUAGCCACCAAAGGGUAUGAUAGCGUUGUUUGGAACCGCCUAUACUCUAGAGAUAUUUCUGACUUGGAGGCUUGUCGGAUUAACCAGAUAAAUGCUAUUCUUGAGGAGACUCUGCAAGCAGUAGGAGCUAAGGCAAUGGUGGUAGGACACACACCUCAAUACUUGGGAGCAAAUUGUGCGUACAAUUGCAGCAUCUGGCGCAUUGAUGUGGGAAUGUCCAGUGGAGUUCUUAAUUCAAGACCAGAGGUUCUAGAAAUAAGAGAUGACAAAGCAAGGGUAAUAAGGAGCAGAAGGGACACGUUGAGUGAGCUUCGGAUUGUCGACUCUAUAUAGAUACAGAAUGUAAAUGAUCAGGAUGUAUAUGAAGUAAAUCUUUUUCCAGCUGCAGUUUGAUUUAUAGCUUCCUGGAAUCAUCGUCCAUCUACCCGCCAGCAUGGUUUACCUGUAAGAAACAUGUUCAACAACAAAGAAUCAAAGGCAAUUUUUUUGUAAAUCAACAGACAGGGGGGCAGGUGCCAAGUACUCUUCUUCUUUAUCAUGCUGAGAAGCUGAAGUUGAUUCCGGAACCUGACUUCAUGUCCAAACAAUUCCUUCAAGUCUAAAGUUUUUGUAAAAAUAUAUAAAUAUAUUGGAGAGUAUUAUUUGAUUAUUCUCAAUUUUAUAGGAAUUUACUCAAGUGUUUUUAGAAGUAAAUUUACCUUUCAAUAGCA